AUUUCUGUUGAAGAGCCCGUAAGAACCAAAAGCCCUCAAAGCCAGUCAGACAGCAAGUUUCCCCUCCUCCAAGUAGUCCCCUACCUAAAACCCUUGUUCCUGUCCUCUUGACUCAUUUUUACUCUUCCCCAAAAACCCCUCUUCCCCAACACUGCUCUCCGUCGGAUUCCAGAAGGUAAACCCUUAAUUUUGUCACUCUCUUUCAGGGUCAUCCGCUUGAGGUUAGAAGGGAAAGCAUUCAGCCUGUAUCUUUCUCACUUUUUUGUUUUUGUUGUUGCUGGUUUCUGCCUUUAUUCACACGAAUAAUAAUGGGAUCUUUUCUCGCCAACUCAUUUCUGUUAAUCGUUUUCCUCUUUGGUAGAUGAACUUGGUUCUCGUCUUAGGUCGAGUUUUCUUCUUGGAGGUCUUUGAUUACUACUAGUUUUGGCAUAUUGGGUUACAAUUUUGUCUCGUUUAUUUGCUAUUGAUCUUGACUUUGUUAUUAGGUUUAUGGUUUUGUGCAUAAUUGCAUUUCCAAUACCUUUUUCAAUUUUUUUUUUUGUUUUUGUGCAAGCAUUGUUGCAAUAUAGGGUUUAAAACGUUAGUUAUUGUCAUUUGGGCCUCGAAAGCUUUUGCUCGAGAGUUACAAUGGAUUUUCUUAAAUCCUCGCAUUAAUCUUCUCUAAUGUGGGGUUCGUAAUUGAUACUCUACAAAUACGACAUUAUGGCUUCUUUUUUUUGUGCUCUUAUUGACAAUCUGUUCAAUUUUCAGCAUUUGUGAGGAUGAAUUUCAAAGACAUGAAGGUUCCUAAGGUUCCUGGUGGUGGUUUCCCUUCUGCCUUGAUUAAGCUGGGGAUUGUCACCGGGCUUGGAGUAUAUGGAGUUGCUAACAGUCUCUACAAUGUUGAAGGAGGGCAUCGUGCUAUUGUUUUUAACCGAAUUUCUGGCAUCAGAGAGAAGGUUUACCCUGAAGGCACACACUUGAUGGUCCCCUGGUUUGACAGGCCUAUCAUCUAUGAUGUUCGUGCUAAGCCUAAUCUGGUGGAGAGCACUUCUGGUAGUCGUGACCUGCAAAUGGUGAAAAUUGGUCUUCGAGUUCUUACCCGUCCAGUCCCAGAUCAAUUACCCACCAUCUAUCGGACCCUUGGCGAGAACUAUAAUGAAAGAGUUCUACCUUCUAUCAUCCAUGAAACACUGAAAGCUGUUGUUGCUCAGUACAAUGCUAGCCAGCUCAUUACCCAAAGAGAGGCUGUGAGUAGGGAGAUAAGGAAGAUCCUGACUGAAAGGGCAUCCAACUUUAACAUUGCAUUGGAUGAUGUUUCCAUUACUAGCCUUACUUUUGGGAGAGAAUUUACAGCAGCUAUCGAAGCUAAACAAGUGGCUGCUCAAGAGGCUGAAAGGGCCAAGUUUGUUGUUGAAAAAGCUGAGCAAGACAAGAAAAGUGCAAUUAUUAGAGCUCAGGGAGAGGCUAAGAGUGCCCAGUUGAUUGGUGAAGCAAUUUCCAACAAUCCCGCCUUCAUCUCGCUGAGGAGAAUUGAAGCAUCAAGGGAAAUUGCUGGCAUUCUCCAUAACUCUGCCAACAAAGUGUACCUCAAUUCAGACAACUUGUUGCUCAACCUCCAUGAGAUGAACUUGAACCCCACUGGAAGGAAGUAAGCUCUUGAAGACAACUCUCUAUUUUGGUGUCCCAAUCUUGCAAGGCUACAAAGGGUUUACUGUGACAUAAGGGUAGUAGUACAUUGCUUUUUCUUAUGGGAUUACGGAUAUUAUAUUAGUAACCUAAAAUACAGUCAUGUUGGUGGCAUUGAAGGGACUCCAUCAUUAGUUUACUAAUAUCUCUUGGAAAAUUUUACUCGUAUGGUUUUGGCUUGUUAAGCUACUCCUUUAUGUCCCCUAUUCAUUUGGGACGUUUGUACGUUCGAAAUUAUCGGAAGCGAUCGAAGUCCAACUUUAAAGCCACAGAACUUAUUAAUCAGCCAUCAGGAUCGAAUCACCAAUUUCUGGAGUUGGAAUACAUUUAAUGUGGAGUCCUUUUCUCCGCUCUAGUUUGGUUGAUGAGUAAAAAGUAUUAUCAAGCAGCGGUAUUUUUUUUAUCAUUUUUUUCUUUCCCUCUCUACACUUGGAGCACUGGUACAUUCCAACUUCGAUCGGAUCAACUUUUACAUUUUAUAUUCAGUUCUAUGAACAAAGGCAGUUGUGGGUGAAAGGUGAACGCAGUCACAAGCCAAAUUUAAAAGUGACCAGCUCACUGACAAUUUUGAUUUGAAUCUACGGAUUUGAAUAAUUCGCCAAGAGGCACAAAUGUUCACUCAUUAAAUUCUAGUUUAUCUGUUGAUUUGAUCAAAAGAGGUUAACAAUUUCGAAGGAUAAAUGUAAGCAAACUAGUGCUGCGGGUUGUAAAGGCCAAACAUUUAUACUGUAUUUUUAAUCUUUGCAUUUGAAGUUUUUACUCUUAUUUUUCAUGUCAGAAAAUUUAUAAGAUGAAUAUUUUUCGUUGUCUAUUUUAUCUUUAUGAUACGAGAAAUGUGAAUAUAUAGAGUAAAAUGUAAAGAAAAUAAAUAAAUAAAUUCUCUUACUUGGCAAUAUUGCCUAGCAGGCUGUAAACUUAACAGA